AUGAGUCGGGAUAACCAAGGUUUGCAACCACAAAGUCACAGCACGGCGUUCUGUGUGUUUGCGCCGUGGCCUCGAAACCGGAGUGCGGCCGGGACGCAGCGCGACCUGCGAGUCGGAUGUCAGCGCUGGCCCCGUUUUUCCGCAGGUGGUGUCUCCAUCUCCGCAGAACACGCCCAAAGGGAGAGGACGCUGAGGUCUCUGAAAAUGGCUGACAUUGGCCGUAAAGGACCCGGCAAGAUUGGAGGCAAGCCAGCAGAGUUCGCCCCGGGCACGGGAGCAGGUGCUCCCGGCGGUGACGAGUCCGGGGAACGAGAACGAGAAGGUGGGGGCGUUGCUGUCAUCACAAAGACGAAGCCAGCCGUUCGAGAAAAAGAAAAGACGGCAAAAGAGCCGAUGUGGCGUGUUUUACUGCACAACGAUAAUAUUCACACGUUCGACUAUGUUACACAUACGCUCGUCAAAGUGGUGAAGACGUUGACCCGCUACAAGGCCCACCGUAUUACAGUGCAUGCUCACAAAGCCGGCGUCGCAACGGUUACAACGACCUGGAAACAACUCGCAGAAGAGUACUGCCAGGGACUACAACGCGAGGGCCUCACAAGCAGCAUCAUGCCGGACCACUCAGGUACACAGUGA